AUGUUCUUACGUUAUCAUUCUCGUUUAUUAUUAACUUUAUGUCGACAAACUAUAUCAAUAUCAAAUCAUAUUCCAUUAAUAUAUUAUAAUAAAUCAAUGGAAAAUCUUCAAAUUCGUCAUAUAAAUUUUGAUGCACCAAUAAAACGAAAACUUCUAUUAAGAAUAAAUACAGUUCUCAAUGAAAAUGAACAUCUUGAUGAAAAUUCAAAUGAAUCUGAUGCAAAUAAUAUAGCUUGUUUAAAUAAUGAACUUAUUCUAUCUGAACGUAUGGUUAAAUUUCCAUUUCACUAUCGAUGUAUACUUGAACAACAAUUAGCUAUAUGUCAAGAUCGUUGGAUAUCAAAUAAUGAAUGGCAAGAAUUAUAUAAUAUUGUUGGAGAUGCAACAAAACCAUUAUUUGCUUCUAUAACAAUGCUUGUUUGUGUACAAUUAAAACAUAUUGAACGUGGUCGAUCAUUAUUUGAAUUUAUUCAAAAAUAUUAUCCUGAUUUAUUAACAUCAACAGUAACAACUUAUGCAGCAUAUAUGAAUUUAUUAUCUUUAGAUUUUUUUACUUUAACUGGAAAAAAACAUGGUCAAGAUUAUUCACCAUAUGAAAAAGAAUUAUGUGAUAUUUAUCAAAAAUUUAUUAAAGAUAAAAAACAGUCAAUCAUAGCAUCAGCAGCUGCAUUAGGAAUAAUUAAAGGUUUAUGUGUAACACGACUUUGGCAUGAAGCUUAUUCUUAUUUACCAUUUACUAAUGAUGAUGAUCAAUUACAAGCAAUGACAAAUGUUAUUCUUGCUGCUUUACAUAAUGAUGAUGUUGAUACAGCAAUAAAAUUAGUUAAAAAUCUUAAAAAUCCACCACCAAAUGAUAGUGCUGCUGCAACAAUAUCAAGUUCAUUGAAUGAUAUGGUACGAGAUAUGUUUAGAAAUUUAAAUGAAAAUAAUAAAAAUGCUUAUGAAUUUAUUCAAAAUUUGUUUAAUUAUUUAUCUACAUUAGAUUAUUUUAUUGAAAAAUCAGCUAUAGAUGAAAUGAAAAUAUUUUUUGCAAAAUAUAAACCAAAUACAUUCAAUUAUGGUAUAACCAUUGUAUAUCCAAGUGGUGCUUGCAAACAAUUACCUGGUUUAAAUUUAGCAAGUGGUGAUUUAAGUGAUGAUGAGUUCAAUUUUUUACUUAACUAUCUAAUGGAAACUGCUUAUGCUGCAAAAGAAGUUUAUAAUACUACAACACCAGUUGAAUUUGAAAAAUUGAAAUCAGUUCUUGCUCGAAAUAAAUUUACUAUGAUUGUUGAUGGUUUAAAUAUACUCUAUGGUAUUGAUCGAUUUGCUACUGAUCCAGUUAAUUCAAUGAUUAAGACAAUAAAUUUUCUUAAAAAUUUACGUGUACCUCGAACACAAAUGUUAUUUAUUGCACGUAAACAUGCAUUAUCUCGUAUACCAUUUGAAAUUGAAAAAAAUUUACGUUCAAUAUGUGAAGUUUUUCUAGUUGAUAAUACUUCUCGUGAUGAUUGGUUUGUUUUAUAUGCUGCAUUAUAUUCCAGAGCUUAUGUUUUAACAUCUGAUAUAUUAAGAAAAGAACGUGGAAUAGCAAAUAAGUCUACACCAGCAAAAAAUACUCAAGUUAAUGAUAAAUUACAAAAAUGGCUUUAUCGUUAUCAAUAUAUGUUUGUUCGACAAGGAAAUCGAGUUUAUUUUAAACAACCAAUGGCAUAUAAAUUAAAAGCACAAUAUACAAAAAAUGUAUGGUUAAUACCAUAUUUUAAUGAAAAACCACUUACAUUAGCUCAACGACCUGAUAAUUGUCAAACUAAUAUACCACUGACAGAACCAAAAUUAAUAGCAGUUACGGCCAUUAAUUCAACAGCUUUGACUAUCACAUGGGAAUUUGCAAAUCCAACAUAUGAUCAAUCUGAUUUAAUAAAAAUUGUUAUUGAAUUUUAUGAAUUUUAUUUUAAUUAUGGUCCAAUAAAUACUUCAAUAAGUUAUACAUUUAUAUCAACAAAUAAAACUAUAACAAAUUUAACAAAAAAUUUUGAUUUUGUCAAUGCUUUUUAUUAUAUAUGUUUUUCAUCAAAUUCUACAAAUAUAAAUGUAACUAUACCUCUUAUUAAAAAAACUUGUCAACUAAAAAGAACAUGUCUACGAAUAAAUUCAUCAAUAUGUCCAGAAGCACCAUUUGUAAUUAUUUCGCAAACAGAUAGUUCAUUAAAUUCGUUUAUUAUAAAUGUUAAUUGGUUAAAGAAUUUACCAUACGUACGAAAUGGAACUAUUGUAAAAUUGAUUAAUAAUGGUAUGACAGGAACAUUAUUAUCUUCAACAGAAAAUAGUACAUAUAUAAAUCAACCUUAUCGAUUUACUAGUUUACAAUCGAAUACAAAUUAUACAGUUAAUAUUAUUGUUAAUUAUACAAUUUUUGAUCGUUCUCUAAGUGAUAUAAUUAAUUAUAAUAUUCGAACAUCUUGUUCAUCGAACUUAUUCUAUACCGGUGAUAGUUUUAUUUUUAUGGUUUGUUCGGUGUUUUUAUUAUUCUCAUUUUCUGAAUAA